AGAAACGUCAUUGUUCCCUCUUGCUACUUGUUUAUAUUUCGCGAUUAUACGAGAUACGAUAUAGGAUACAGUGAUGUGUGGCCGAGGUGUCUGCAUCUCGUGUGAUACACGCGCGUGACAUUGUUUCGUUAAACAAUUCGACUGGACGAUCAGUAUCUAUGAGCACUCUCAGAUCCGAAACGGUCGACGUUACGACGACGACGACUUCAGAAGUGUAUCAGAGGAAUGGCAGAAGAUGAGAGGCAAAUUAGGAUGGCUGCUGAGGCCAUACUGAGUGGUUCCAUCAACUCUCAAAGAAGUUCAGUUACCCAGCAUAGUAUGACACGAACACCGGAUAUUGUCUUCAGCGAAGAUUUGAUCGCGGGAGCGAGACACAACGGCAAAAUGUCCAACGUCAGGCGUUUCUUCUGCCUCUUCGUCACUUUCGAUCUUCUCCUUACAUUUCUCAUGUGGCUCAUUUGCACGAUGAUUGCAGGUGAAAGUUUAAAGACAGCUUUCAUAAAUCAGGUGAUACACUAUCAUAUAAAGACAUCUUUAUUUGACAUCGUGAUGGCAGCGAUUUGCAGGUUCACCGUCUUGUUGCUCUUUUAUGCGCUACUGUAUCUCAAUCAUUGGAUUAUCGUAGCUAUCUCAACUGCCACAACAUGUGCCUUUUUAAUUGCAAAAGUUUUUCUUUUCGAUUGGACAUCAGCUAAUCAACCAGUAUUCCAAGUUCUACUAAUUCUAACAUCUUUUGUGUUAUCUUGGGCGGAGGCUUGGUUUUUUGAUUUUCGCGUUAUACCUCAGGAAACUCAAGCGAGAAAUUGGAUUCGAAAUUUCCCAGAUACAGAAAGAACUCCUCUAUUACAAAACAUUACCGAAUCACGACAGUAUGCAGCAAACGUCGAUCACAAUACAUUUUUCACACCUGUGGAUUCUCCAAGUCAUUCCGAUGAUGAAGAUACAUCUAGAAAGCAAGAAGACUUGAGAAGAUUAUCAAAGUCCAGCGAGUUAUCUACGUUUUUAGCGAAACUUACACCCGAUAAGAUCGAUGAAUAUAAAACGAGCGCAUCUAAAAUGUUGCGAAACUGUCACAACUUAUUAACUUCGAAAGAAUGGAAGAUCGAAACUAUAACAAGUGAUGGCGAUGAAGUAUCCUACAUGCAGCUGCCAUCAGAAUGGAAAAUAGAUGGAAAGGUCGUGAAAAUCACGGGCAUUGUCAACGCGCCUGCUAGUAUACUAAUAGAUUUAUUAUUUGAUGGUAUUGAGGAAUUUCCUUUAUGGAAUAAACUUGUGACGGAAUCGAUGAAACUGCAGGGUAUUGAUGAAAACACGGAUAUCGUUUAUCAAGCGACAAGUUCUUAUGGUGGUGGACUCAUCACAGCGCGAGAUUUCGUUAUCUUGAGGCAUCGUAAGAAAUGCGGCGAUUAUUACAUCAACGGUGGUAUAUCUGUUCCUACGUCAUUGGUUCAGAUUCGUCCAAAUAUGACCAGGGGUGAAAACGGUAUAAGCUGUUUUGCAACGGAAGAGUUAGUUGACGAGGAACCUAACGUUAAUAAAUGUCGCUUUACGUGGAUUUUAAAUACAAAUCUUAAAGGCUGGAUACCACAAACAGUUGUAGAAAGAGCCAUGUCCACUAGUCUAACGGACUUCAUCAUAUAUUUAAGAAAACAUUUGGAUGAUAUACAGAAACCGUUAGUUUAGUACAAUGUCGCUCAUGAAAAUGAUAGAGUUACCUAUCCCUACCUGUCUAUUUUCCUACCUCCUUACCUAGCUAUCUAUUUUCCUAUUUACCUAUCUUCCUCCUCGUUAAUAUAUUAUAUUAAGUCUAUCUAUCUUUUAUUUAAUAUAUAUUUACGCACAUAGGAGCAAUUCUUUCAACCAAUGUGAAAAGCAUUUAAGAUCUGCAACACAGAUCUAUAAUAAAACUAAAACUCCAUUUGCUGUGGACAGGAAUUUGAAGCUUAAUGUAUGAGACGAUUUAUAUACAUACAUAUAUUCGAAUAUGUUCCAAUUACAUCGAACAAGUGAUUUAUUUUGUGUCAAUUUAUCUGCGUAGAAAUCUUAUCGAAAACUAGAACACAGAUAUUAUCUACAUCACAACUUUAUUUAGUGAAAAAAAUUUGUAUACAAUUUUUUGUCACAAAUUUAAUUACGAUAGACGUAAUCUCGAGAAAGGAACGUACUAUUUUAUCCUAAUAAUUAUUUUUUAUUUAUAAGACGUAUCGUGUAGUAGUACUAAUAGUUAAAAGAAUUAAAAAAUAUGUUAUGUGCUUUUUGUAUAAGUGCCUAUGAAUAUUUAGUUAAGUGCAUCUUUCGAUGUACGAUGUACAUAAUGUAUCGGAAAUGUGACAACACGUUUAGUGUGCAUGACAGCAUCUAUCACGUGUUUAUAUAGUGUAUUGCGAGCCAUGAUAUAAAAAAAUACUAUGGAUAAAUAUUAAAAUACAUUUUAUUACAUCUUUUUUUAUAGAUAUAUUUAAAAUGUUUCCUCUUUUGAUUAUAAGAGUCAUAAAGCCUAAUGUAUUGAUAUUGUGUAUAUAAUGUGCAUUUAAAUGAAGCAUAUAUUGAAUGAAAGUCUGAAAAUAUUUCACAUUUUUUAAAUUGCAAUAGAUUAUUACUGUUAUUAAUUAUACAUUUGAUCAAUUUUAUAUUUCGAUUGAUGAAUAUGGAACGCACAUUAUUUUGUACUUUGAGUCGAGUAUAUUUCAUUAUUUAAAUUUAUGAAAAAUAUGCACAUCUUUAUUACUGACAAGUUUUUCUUCGAUUAAUUAGCGUUAGAUAUGUAUGUCACGAGCGUAAAUAUAGAUUUCAGCACUGUCUGAUACUUAUUGUGAUUGUGCAAUUUUAUGAUAGUAUACUUGUUUCUGGAAAACAGUAAAAAUUUGGCAGUGAGCAUCCAAUUCGAAGAAUUGGCUGUACUUUCGUGUUAUUUUGAUAUAUUUGUGAUCAGUAAUAUAUAAAUUUGUUGCCUGGUGUAUGUAUAUGAUUAAUGACAAAAACGUGGUGACAUAAUUAAAAAUAUACAUAUUUUAACGACGUUAUAACGCAUUCUUCUCUUUGUUUCUGAAAAAAAUUAACUAUUUUCAUAAUUUAAAAAAUCUAUAGAAGAAAACUUGUCUAUUUUGUUAUGAAAUUCAAUUAACAAAAUUAAUAGUAAGUUAACAAGAAAUUGUAUAAUUUGUUGAAAAAUACUUCGAAAUUAUCAUUAAUCAAAAAAUAAAGUUUUAUUAUCACACAAAUCGUUGUAUAUAUAAAUAUAUUAAUCGUUAAAAGAUUUCUUAUAAUGGGAUGAGUGCUAUAUGAUAAUAUUUGGACGUUUAAAUUAUUCAAUGUAUAAUAUAGUGUCGAUUUUAUGAUAUAAUAAACGCGAUGACAGAGCAUGUGUAUGCAGAACAAAUAUAUAAAUACUCUACUUUGUUUUAUAUAUAUAUAUAUAUAUAUAUAUAUAUAUUUCACAAUAGUAGACACAUCAAGAUAACAAUUUGUAUUAUCGUUUUAUAUCACUGUGUCCUUUUUUCAUUUGUGCAGUACAUUCUUGCAUUUUUGCUCUGGAGAUGUUUACUGUGAAUCAGUACUGUGUUAUAUAAAUAAAUAAUACGUUUAGACAGAAUAAGAUAAGAAGAUAGAAUAAUCGAAGAUGAUUUUAUAAAUCCGGCUAGGAUUCGCGCGUAAAGAUAUACUGUAGAUCAAUAAAUGCAAAGAAAGAGCA